AUGGUCGACGGCGAGCCCACGACGCGGGACCCUGAGGAGCCUGGCAAGGCCGAGGAGAAGGGCCCGACCACGACGCUCGGCCUCGUCGGCGGGUUCAUCGGGGUGUGCGGCUCGUUGUGGAUUUUCUUGUGCGGGCUGCAGCUGCUGGGCGAGUCGUUCAAGGCGAUGGGCGGGAAGGGGGCCGGCAGCAUCUUCAGCGGCCUGGACAACCCGAUCGCGGGGCUCAUGGUCGGCGUUCUGGCCACGGUGCUGGUGCAGUCGUCGUCCACCAGCACGUCCAUCGUGGUGGGCCUCGUGGGGGCUGGGCAGCUCUCGGUGGAGAACGCCAUCCCCAUCAUCAUGGGGUCGAACAUCGGCACAUCGGUGACGAACACCAUCGUGUCCAUGGGCUUCGCCGGCGACAGGGUGGACCUCCAGCGCGCCUUCUCGGCCGCGACCGUCCACGACUGCUUCAACCUGCUGAGCGUCAUGACGCUCCUGCCUCUGGAGGUGAUCAUCCAGGCAAUUCAGGGCCAGGGCGGGCCGCUGUUCUGGCUGACGGACUGGCUCACCAUCCUGCUCAUGGGCGGCGAGCAGAGCGGCGAGGUCUUCGACUCCCCCAUCAAGCUGAUCACCAAGCCGGUCCAGGAGAUCUUCCUGAAGAACAACAAGUACGUGAUCUACGCGCUGUCCCUCGGCGCCCCCGCCCCGAUCCCGGCCGAAGCCGUCGACGCGGCCGUGUGCGAGCCCCUGGCCAAUGCGUCCAGGCGUCUGGGGAGUCCCCGCGCGCUGCUCGGCCGGCGCCUGGAAGAGGCCUCGGGGGACCUGCAGGACUGCUCGAGCGUGUUCUGCAUCGGCGAGGACAUGGACGGGUACUUCAAGAAGCUCAGCAAGUCCGGCUACAAGAAGCUGGUCCACUGCGAAGGCUACGUCACGGCUCCCGCCUCGCCCUGCGCGGAAGCCGACAAGUGCUACAUCAAUGCGGGGGAGUACUAUCAGCACCACGUCCAGGAGCACGAGGUCAUCAAGGGGGGGCUCUUGCACCCCUUGGGCGACACGUGGGGCGGGUUGGUGGCUCUCGCUAUCGCCCUCCUGCUGUUGAUACUCGGCCUCUUCAUGGUGACGAAGUUGCUGCACUGGCUCUUUUCGGGCAAGGCAAAGAAGUGCAUCGUCGCAGCAACCAAAUUGAACAACUACCUCGCGAUGCUCGUUGGCCUCGGCAUGACUCUGGUGGCUCAGUCAAGUUCUGUCGUCACUUCCGCUCUGACUCCUUUCGCGGCUCUUGGCCUGAUCACCCUCGAGAAGAUGCUACCCCUCACCCUGGGGGCGAACAUUGGAACUUGCUGUACCGCCAUAAUCGCAGCUCUGACAGUCUUCAAGUUCAACGCCGUUCACAUCGCAUUGUGCCACCUCUUCUUCAACAUUUUCGGUAUACUCAUCUGGUACCCGGUUCCCUUCAUGCGUUCCUUCAUCAUCUUCGGUGCCACCACGCUCGGUCUCUACGCGUCCGAGUUUCGGGCCACCCCGCUUAUCUAUGUCUUCGUCGUCUUCAUAGCGAUUCCCAGUGUCGCCAUCGGCGUCUCCACACUCAUGGAUCGGUCUCUCGUGCUCGGCGGGCUCAUCGGGGCCGCGAUCGUGGUUGGGUUCAUCGCUUUCUCGAUCUGGUGGUCAAAGGCGGGGUGUUACCGACUGCUCAGCAAGGAGAGGCGGAUCGAGAUCGCCUCGGAGUUGAAGGACGCCGACAGAAAGAUGAGAGGCGUGGACGAAGAGGUGAGUGAGGACGAGGAUUCCACGGACACUGCGGACGACGAAGAUGGGGACGACGAGGAUGAGUCUGACGCAGAUCGCCGAAUGUGUUGA